AUAUACGCAGUACAAACACUGCUUGAGCCAGCGCCUACGCCGGCAACACUUUCAUCACGACCAGAGUACUUUACAAGGAAUGCGGCCGUUCUGCCUCCUCGUCGUCGGUGCGUUCCUGCUGCUCCGAUGGCCGCCGUUGAGCCUUGGUUGGGCGCAGGUGGCCAGGACCAUCACCGUGGAUCAGAAUGGAGGAGGGGACUACAGGACGGUGCAGUCGGCGGUGAACGCCGUGCCGGACGGCAACAGACAGUGGGUCAGGAUCUACGUCAAGCAAGGGAGCUACAGGGAGAAGGUGACAAUUCCAAGCCAGAAAGGCUUCAUCUUGCUCCAAGGUGACGGCUCCUUCAAAACGGACAUCAACUUGGACGGGCACGGCGACGGUACUGACGCGCCCGGCAUGGCCCCGAUCACGGGCCGGCACGACCGCAACCUCACCAACAUCUCGCCGACGUACACCAGCGCCACCUUCACAGUCCAUGCCGACAACUUCGUCGCCCGUAACAUCGCCUUCAAGAACACGUUCAACGGCGGCUACCCGGCGGUGGCGAUGCUGGUCGACGGCGACAAGAGCGCGUUCUACGACUGCGCCUUCCACGGGUUCCAGGACACGCUCUGCGACCUCAUCGGCCGGCACUACUUCCACCACUGCCUCGUGGUGGGCGGCGUCGACUUCAUCUUCGGCUACGGCCAGUCCAUCUACGAGGGCUGCACCCUCGUGUCCAACAUGCCGGCGUCGUCCCAGCAGCCCGGGUGGGUGACGGCGCACGGCGGGGCCGGCGGCGGCAGGAACGCGGCGCUCGUGUUCAAGGGCGGCAUGAUCACGGGCUCCGGUCGCCAGUACCUCGGCCGCGCGUGGAACGAGCACGCCACCGUCGUGUUCUACCAGGUCACAGGUGACGUUUGCGGAGGUCGGAUGCAGUGGCCCGGGUUCGGGCACGGCGGGAAGAGUGACAUGGGAGAAGCACAUGAGCUACGCAGAGGUGCAGAGGGCGAGGACGAAGCCGAGGGCGGCGAGGACGAAGAUGAAGACGAGGACCAGGACGACGAGCAGGACGAUGACGACGACGAUGAGGAUGAUGACGACGACGACGACGACGACGACGAGGACGACCAGGAUCACGACGAGCACCGCGCGUACCGGGACUGCUGCCGGUGGCUGAAGGAGGUGGAGCCCGGGUGCGUGUGCGAGGCGCUGCUCCGCCUGCCCAUGUUCCUCGUCAAGCCGCAGCACAAGUACACCAUCCGCGUCGGCAAGUCCUGCGAGGUCACCUACCGGUGUGGCGGCCGGUAACCCCGCACGCGCGAGGAGGAGGAUGAACCAAGCUACAGCAGACUACUGGUUAUCUACAGCUACGUACGUACACCGAUCCUAUACUUCAGAAUGCUUGCCGUGUUACGAUACGACGGGUUUGCAUGCCGUCGGCGUUUUACCGCGUGCCCACGUACGGCCUCGUUUGGGCUAAGCAGGUGGUGCAUGCAUACGCUUAGCAGUUUUAUUUUAUGUGACAACACACUGUAUGUGUGUGUACCUAUAGAUAUGGUGUGUGUAUGUUGUGGGUUGUACUUGUACUCGAGCAUGAUGUUUGCAGACCAUGCAGAGCUCGGGUACUAUAUAUAGGCGCCGUACGAUAACGUAGAAAUAAGAAGAAUGUACCUGUAAGAUGUAACUGUGAUCGUACGUGCUGCUCUGUCCAUUUUAGGCGGUCUGCAAGAUAUGCAAUACAAAUGUCAUUCGUACGUA